AUGAAUGCAACAAAUACGCCGCUCGCAGUUGUCCAAGAAUUCAACGACUUGAUGGAACACAUGCGAGUGUUCAUGGACAGAGCUGGCCAGCCGCUGAAUGAUCUUCCUGUUGACCAGCAACACAAGGAUACCCUGUACCGAUGGAACAUCCUCUGUGGUCGAAUCCAAGAUAGCGCUAUUAUGGACGAUGGAGAAGAAGUGCCACCACGAAAGAAACCACGGAACGCUGCAGCGAACAACUCAAAAUCAAGAUUGAACCCUUGGAAGCGUAUCAUGGAUCUCGCUGCUCUACCCGACCUUCCAGUUGCUGUUCACGAGCAUCUUACCAAACACGGUGCCGCGGCAGCACCCUAUUUGAACUAUCGUAGUGCUAAGCAUGAGGUUCUACAACUUUCCAGUGAACAGACAGGCGACGCAUUCAUGUCUCGUUAUCAAUGGACAGCCUGGAGGAUGGGCCAGCAAGAUCAGUGCGGCAUUCUAAUCCUCUUUGGGCACUUAUUCUGGUUUGACCUUGUUCAAAUCAUCCGCCCCCAGGGUAAUGGGCGCGUGGGUGAGACCAUGGAAGAGAAAUUGAGGGGUUUGCUCCGAGAUGUAGUGUCAGACGAGCAUAAUGGAGGACUUCAGCUUGAGACUGCGAUGGACAACAUUAGUGAGUGGAGCCUUCGAGGCAAGAAGCUCAACCAACUCUGCCGGCUGUACAAUCCCGGCCUGGUUUUCUUUCUGCACAAACAAUUCUCCAGCGACUUUCUCGACCACAAAUUCACUGGCUCCGGGACCAACUUCACCACCGCGAUGGCUCAUCUCGAGGUCCUGGGUCUUGGAAGUAAGCUUCGCGACACGGAGAUUGGAAAGCUCGCAGUGAAUAUACGUGAAUGGAUGAUAGCGCCAUUCAAAGAGGCAUGGGCGCAGCGAUCUAGCAGCUGA